AUGGGUAUUUUGGGGUUUAGAUUAGAGUUUAUGGAUAUUACUCUAGUUCUGAAGAUUUACAUCAAGAAGCUUCCUGAUUCAGAAUAUAAAUAUUCCUGUGGAAAGUUUGUAAUUGUCAAAGUCUACAAAGGUUACAAGUAUGACUUUGCAUCUGAAAUAAACUAUAUUGUGAAAAAGGAUUGCUAUUGUAAUCAACUGAAGAUUGUAAUUGAAGUAAGAUUUCAGUUUGGAAGAAAUUACCAUAAAGAUAAAGAUAGUGAAUAUGACAAAGAUAAAAGUAGUGAUGAAAAAAACAUGUAUGAUGAAAGACAAGAUGACAGUCAAGGCUCCUACCAAGUCUUAUUCACAGAAAAUUUCCUUGUUGGAGACAAAAUACACUUCAAAAACAAAAUCAGCUACAGAAUAAGUGACGGUUGUACUUGUGACCUCAGAGGACGAUAUUUCUUGUUAAGCUCCAUCACUUCAUGGACUAAAGAAGGUUAUCAAUACAGCCACAUUCAUUUGUCUAGUGAUGUUUACUUCAUCAAGUUCAAUAACCGAAACCAAAAGAAAAUCAAGAAAGCCUUAAAAAGAUGUUUUUAUUCUACUGGCAAGCACAUUGUUUGUCCUACAGCACCCUACUCUUGUCCCACAUGUCACAACUCUGUCAGUUUUGAUUUAGUAAAAAGCUUCUGUGAUCUGGAUAUAGUUGUCAAAAUGAAAAUGAGCAAUAUGUUUGUACCCCAGUCAGAGGAAAGAUUCUUCACAAGUAUGUGUUCAACAUUUGAUGUUCAGGAAGUUUACAGAGGGAACCCUUCCAGGUUUCAUAAGCAUGUUGAUGCUGCAAUUCGUCGACAUUGUUCUUGUGAUUUAUUUAAUGAGGCACCAAUGGAUGUACUUAUAUUAUCAACAGAAAAGGCUUGGAUUGCAACUGAAUCUAAAUACAACCAGCUGAAACUUGGAAAUGAAGUUCAUGUUUUGUCUUUUAGUGACAAGAAUCUUGGGAUAAAGGAAAUGAUAAAAAACUGUAACUAUUCUUCUGACAUUCAAACUUAUACUCAUUCUAUUUUGCCAAAGCCUACAUCUAAAACACCAUCUAAUAUCAGAGAAGAGUGUCCAUUCACAAACCAAACAUCAUGCCCAGAAUGUCCAUCAGUUCCAUCCAUUGACCUCUUAAAAACAUAUUGUCUAGCAAAAUAUGCUGCUGUUGUUACCUUUUCCACUGAUAUUUCAGACAAAGUUUCGAAAGAACCAACAGGCUCACAAACUGGCUGUUUGAAGGAACUUAUCAAGUUUUUGUAUGAUGUGACAGUUGGAAAACAAGCCAAACUAAUAAAAGAUUCUUAUGAACUGUUAAGACCAUUCUACUGUAGAUGCUCUUUCUUAGAUUCAGGGACUGGCUAUGGCUUACUUCUAAGCUAUAAGGAACCAAAAGCUAACAUGUUGCUGCUUUCAAAAGAAGUUCAAAUUUACCCACUACCUCUGGGUGAAACAGUAAUUCCAGUAUGUCCUGGAGAACCACUUGUAUCUGAGAGUUCUUCUCAAGAGGUUGUACUUCCUGUACUUAAAGAACUGAAAGAAGAAUCAAACACAGAAAGAACACUUUGA